AUGAUUGCGUGCAAGAGUGCGUGGGCCGCCGUGCAGCUUGCGCGGGACAUACAGCGAAGCUUCUUGCAUCACGACUGGGGCACUGGCGUGAUUGACGCUGCGUACCACGAGUUCGAGGAGGGCCGUGCGGCGGAGGAUGAGGAGUACGUGCCGCCGACUGCGCGCCUCGACGCUGCUGUGUACCGGGGGUACUGGAACGGCCUGCGUGUGCGUGUCGGCGUGCACACCGGGCUGUCCGACAUCCGUCACGAUGAGGUGACGAAGGGCUACGACUACUACGGCGGCACGUCGAACAUGGCCGCACGCACGGAGAGUGUUGCGAACGGCGGGCAGGUGCUGCUGACGCGGGCAGCGUACAAGGCACUGAGCACGGCGGAGCGUGAGCAGCUGAACGUGACUGCGUUUGGUAUCGUGCCACUGCGCGGUGUGCCGAAGCCAGUGGAGAUGUUCCAGCUGAACGCUGUGCCCGGCCGCACCUUCGCCGCGCUGCGCCUUGACAGAGAUAUUGACGAGGAGUACGACGACGUUGCGUCGACAACUGAUGGAUCCACUGAGCGGUCGAAAAGUGACGCGUCGAGCAGGGUCGCUGGACACCUUGCUGUUGUGAUAACGAUGAUGUUCAGCCCAUUUCCGUUGCAGCAGCGACUGAAGGCCAUCCAGCCGCUGCUGCACCGUUGGAACGUUCGUGUGCCGCCCAAGUCUGCCGGCAUGUCACAAAACGACCACUGUCACAUCGUGGUGCAGAAGCUGGCGAUGAAAUUGAACCGUGUGAUGGAUCGCAAGGCACAGGUGCUCGGUGGCGCACAUCGGGAUCCGGGGCUUGGAUCGUACCGCGGAACAUUAGACGGCAUGUGGGAGAGCACCGCUGGGAGGGUGGACGGCCCCCGUGAGCUUCCGGAAAUACGGCGCUCAAUGGACUUUUGGAACCCCCCUCUGCAGGUGGUGGACAUGAGCACUACCAGUGCCAGCAUAACGGUUGAGGCGCAACGGCCGCCACAACCAGCUGGAGUUCGGCGAUAA